GCCGCGGGGCGCGGCGGCUGGGUGGCGCUGGGGGCGCACGGGCUGCUGCGGGCAGAUGGCCUCUCGGUGGCAGAGCCUGGGGGCCUCCAGGCGCCGGAGAUCGCGCCAGGACCAGGAGCAGCUCGGGGAGAGUGAGGUCCUGCAGCCUGUGGCCAGCCAUCAGGAGACCUCCUCGCGGUCCCUGGGCUCCCUGUGCAGGGAGUUCCAAAGGAGGCUGCCCCUGAGGGCAGUCAGCCUUAACCUCGGGCCGGGACCCUCCUGGAAACGUCUGGAAAACCCAGAGCCAGGGCAGCAGGGCCUGCAGGCUGCCACUCACUCAGCCAAGAACGCCUUGGGUGCCGUGUCCCAGAGAAUCCAAGAAUCCUGUCAAAGUGGCACCAAGUGGCUGAUGGAAACCCAGGUGAAAGCCAACAAGAGGAAGAGAGGGGCACAGAAGGGCAAUAGCCCCCCACCUGGCAGCUGGAGCCAGAAGAGUACCCGGCUGUCUGGAGCUGCCCCUGCCCGCUCAGCCCUGGGCCCCUGGGAGAGGAAGAGUCACAGCCUCUUUGCCCAUCUGAACCCACGUGCCCACCCACCGCGGCAGUCGAGGAGGGAGGCUGCCUUCAGGAGCCCCUACUCCUCAACAGAGCCCCUGUGCUCUCCCAGUGAGUCUGACAGUGACCCAGAGCCUGUGGGGGCAGGAAUUCAGCAUCUCCAGAGGCUGUCCCAUGAGCUGGAUGAGGUCAUUGUGGCUGAAGAGAGUGACCGUUUCUCUCAUCUGUGACUGAAGACCGUGUCCUCAAGUAAUGCCCUCGCCCAGGCUCCUUUCUCAAGUUCUCUUCUUCUUCCUCAUGUAUGAGCACUUAGGUGUAUGUGGACGCAUGUUCUGAAAAAUCCCACAGAGCUGGUGAGCAUAGCCGAACAAGAAGAAUGCAAGUCUUACUACCCGCUCAGAGCCAGAGCUGCUAACCUUCCUGACCCCAUCACUAAUUGAGCCUGCUGGGGCCCCCAAGGAGCUGGAACCACCUUCCAACCCCCAGUUUGAGGGGGAUGACUAUGAUGUCCCCAUGUCCUGCGGUUUGAAUACAAUGAGGGGCACUGAGGGAGCUCUGUCUUGCAGGAAAUGAGCCAUAUCUGACUACCACAACCACUAACCCAGGAUGUCCUGGAGGAAGCCCCCAGGAGUUGACAGGACCCCCUGGACCACUGCUAACAAGGACCUGCCUGACAAGGGACCCAGAGCGGAGGUUGCUGUGGGUCCAUCCAUGACCACAACUGGACCCAUCCAUGACCUCCUACCACAGCCUGAGAGUGACUUGGGGGCAUCGUGGAGAGGUGGGGAGAUGGUUCUUCCUGCCCCCAAGCCUUGUAGCAGCCUCAUCUGCAACAUGAAGCAUAGGCACUAGAAGGUUUUUGGGAACUCUAAGCUUUGUCCCCAGGAGCGGGGUCUGUGGGAGUCACCCACAUAUUCACUCAUUUCCCAGUAUUUCCCAUACCAAAGCUCUUGGGAACCCAGUUCCCAUCCCUGCUUCCCCUACCAGAACCCAGGAAGAAGGGACAGGAGAGAUUUCCAAGCUUACGGGUAUUUCUAUGCUUAGCGCAGGGCACUAUGGCGUGCAGGGAGAGCGUGGCACUGUUCAGGAGCAAUUUCUGCCCUUUGUAAGUUAUUUAAGAAGUCUGCUUUGUCACUUUAGUUGAAAGAAACCAGCAUGACUUUCCUGGAUAACACUGCUUUUUCUUAAUAAACAUCAUCU